GGCGGGGCUUUCCCUAAUGUAGGUGCUGGUACCACUUGGCCCACCGCCACGCCGUCUACCAACAUGGUUCAUAUGGUGCGGAUUAGAAGCGAUGGGCGCCUUCCACCUUCCCUUUAGCGAACCACUUACCAACCUCAUGACAAAGACCUCGUGAUCUUCCCUCCUUCUUCCCUCAAACAACAAUAAAUACAUACGUACUAUCUGCGAAUCUGCGAAACUAUUCGAUAUCUCACACACCGCGAAUUACGAUCAUUAGCAAAACCGAUAUUAGCUUCUUCUCUCUUACAUCAAGAUGGUGUUCCUCAACUUGCUGACAUUUGGCCUAUGGGGAAAGCUCGGACGACUCACUCACUACGCCGUGGACGCGGUUCUCAUCUCGACCAUCCUCGCCGGCAUGAGGCGGUCAACCGGUCUGACUUUCAACACCGAGCGUGUAUCCGUCGGCGGAGACAAAGAGGCCAACAAGUGGAUAGACAAGUACCUCGGAGUCGGCGAGUGGGUGAUGGAUCAAUCUGUCGCGAUAGCUGGAUCAAGCGGCUGGUUCCACCGGUCUCGAUAAUUGUUCGCGACAGGUUUCGGAUAGGCAAGACAGCUGGAGAUACAUGUGGCACACGACGGCGGGAGAUCGGUCCUCGCAAUCCGCUCGAUCGUGACUGAUAUCGUCAUCACCGCCUAGAUCUAAUGGAUACCGUCACAAGCGAACUAGGCCCUUGCGCUAUUCCGCAUUCAACCUAGCACCACUAUAUCCCCAUACUCCCAUCACCGCCUAUAGCACGUCGCGCCAGGAGGACACGCUGUUAGAAAGUAGGUGAAGGAGUCGGCUGGCUACUUCUUCAUAUCACCUGCAUUGGAUUUGGUUUUUUCCCCCGUCACGAACAGGCGUUGCUAUUGGGUCAUAUAUCCAUUUGAUGAUUUUCUUCCUACUAUGAUAGAUGAAGGAACGAAAACCUCCCCUUUCGCUUUACGACUUGUAUGUAGGCUGCCGCCGCAUUGCCUGAGAAUAGAGGGACCGCUCCUAUUAUGAGAAAUUUUCGUCAUUUCGA